AGCCAUUACGCAACAGCACCGCGUGCUGGCUGGUUCGAGAGGGGCAGGCGUGGUGUUUUGCUUCUGUUGGGAGACGUCAGACGGUCUAGCGCAUCGCAUGCAGACACGCAUACGCAUACUCGCAUACACCACUCGAAGCUCAGCCUUUGUGCCACUCGACAUCUGCCCACCUCGAACCUGCCUUCGCAUCGACUGCGACACUCAAAACUGCACGUGGGCUAACCAGCACUUCGCAGACAGCGCGACUAAUUCACCUUCGUUCUUGCCUGUAUUGUUGCUUGGCACCGUCGCAGCAACACACGCUCUCUCACCCAACCGUUCCCUCGACUCGACUCGCGCAUAUUCCUACCGCAUGAACUGUCGCCACGUCGCGAGAUAGACCGCAACGGGCAUCGAGCGCCUUCCCGCUCCACUCCACUCCACUCCACUCCGCGACAGCCAGACAGCACAAUAUGGGCAAGCCUGGCCUCGGUCUUUUCAUGGGCCGCCGGAAGUCGCAGAGCAAUGCGUUGGACUUGGAAGAGCCAACCACCAGCCCAAUUGCGCCUCCUGCUGUCCCCGUAAACGACGAGUCAGGCGGCUUCCGUCUGCUGAGCCGCACAGAAGUCUCCAAGGCGAACGAGCGCAGAAAGACUCAGGAGAAGGAAAAGGCGCCGUCCAAGUUUCCACGCUUCAGCGGAUUUGGCGGCGGAGGAGCCAAGGGCCGCAAUCAAUCAUUCGAAGACGAAUCUCCAGGAUCCUCAAAGCGUGAUAGUAAAUCGAGCAAUGGCACCCAGAUUUCAGCCUCUCGUUACUACAAUAACGGCCAGCACGGCUCGACGUCGACUCUGCCCUCCUCGACCGAUACCAGCUCCGACGAUAAUAUAUUUGCAAACGUCCCGCGGCACCACGCACCGCAGCCGAGCAGCUCAUCCAACUCGUACUUUGGCAUCAAGAAGCAGAUGGCUUCUGUUCCCAAGUCCAGCUCAGGGGUAUCACAAAAGGACGCAAUGAUUGGAGAAAGGAACAGCAGGAACCGUGCCAUGACGUCGUCGAGCUACGCGAGUACCGCCAUACCGCCCAAGCUCGACGGUGACCUGAACUUCGGAACUUCAUCAUUCGACGACAUGUUCGACGCGCCCACCACACAAUCCCCCGAACCCACAAGAGAGUCUACUGGCCGCUCAUUGUUCGCAGAGAAGCGCACGUUCCAAGCAGAGCCCAUUAAAAUAAAUCCAUCACUCGACGUCGAGGCGCCCAUGAAGAGCUGGGACAGCCGUGGUUCAGGGGACAACCUGAUGUCCAACGCAAACUCGGACGACGAUGCGUACCCUCCAUUCCCACCACCACACAAAUACUCGCAGUACGCACCACUAGCCCCUGAAAGCCCCAGCCUGCAAGCUGGGCCCACGUUUCAGACCCCGACACCAAGGGUCGUGAGCAAUACUGUUAUGGAGAAGAAGAUCUACUACGAGUCCACUUCACAGAAAAAGUCGACUCCCAUCUCGUUGUCUGCGAACUCGUACCAGACACCCCUCACCUCACGAUCCACAUCCCAUGGCAGCACACCGAAACCUGCGCUACCUUCCUCGGUGCCAGCCUACACAGACGAGAAGGAGGAGGAGGAGGAUCCCAACAUGUUCUCACAGGUCAGGCUCGAGCCUAAGAUUGAGAAGAUUGUUUCACCAGCACCAGCCCCUGUGGUGACGGUAAACAAGACCGCGCCUGCGUCUUCUGGUGAAGCAGGGCGGAAGGUCAUGACACAGGCAGAGUUCCGUGAAUACCAAAAGCGGCAGAUGUCUAAACCUCCGCCAGAGGAGAGUUCGGACGAGGAAGACUACGAAGACGAGGAGGACGCGAUUACGAAGCGUGAAGAGGAGGAGGUUCUGAGACGCAAGAAUCAGCAGAUGCACUUUGCAAGGGAAGCAAUGCGUCGGUCGACGACAGCACCUACAGGGCAAGCUCGACCCGAUAGUCUCGCAGACACGCUGACCAACGGCUUCCCGUCUGAAAUUUCGUCGAGGGCAGACGAGUGGGAAGACGAAGACAUCCCUUUGGGGAUUCUGGCACAGCAUGGCUUCCCUAGUCAAACACGCAACCGGCACCCGAGUCAACCAACAAACGCAAUUCCCUCGUACCUGCCAGAUCGUCCAGUAUCUGCAGAUCCUAUGAGCAACCGUGCCUCACAAAUGCACAUGCCUGCCUUUGCCAGAAACUUGCCCAUGGACCCACACAACUCGAUCAUCGGCGGUGGACUAGUCCGCCAUGCGAACCGAGAAUCCAUGGGCUUCAACAACUUUGUUCGAGGCCCUGCAUCCGUCGCCGGUGACUCGGUCGGUGGAGGCAUGGGUAUGGGCAUGAAUCCUAUGAUGUAUCAGGACGCCGGCCUCUCACAACCUUCUCUCGUGGACCAAAUUCAGAUGCGGGACAUGUCAAAGCAGAAGUACAUGGGCGGUGCGUCCAAGAAGCCGCAGGGGCCUUUUACCGGGAUGCUCGGACAGCAAAUGAACUCCAGUGGCCAGCCAGUGAACCCAAUGCGGAUGAGCGGUAUGAACGGUAUGAAUGGCAUGAACCCAAUGAAUCCCAUGAACCCCAUGAUGAACAUGAUGGGUGGGCAGAUGCCGAUGAUGAACAACAUGGGAAUGGGUAUGGGCAUGAACCAGAUGGGCUACCCGAUGCCACAGCAAAACGAUUACAACAUGCAGAUGCAACAGUACCAGCAGAUGCAACAAAUGAUGGCUAUGCAGCAGAUGCAAUUUCAAGCCAUGCAGCAGCAACAACAACAACAACCAAUGCAACAGCAGAUGCCAGGAAUGCCUAUGUCCAGCAACGGUUACUCAAACAACGGUACGAUGGGCAACGGCGGCUUCCUGAACAUACCAAACGGCAUGCCAAACGCCAUGACCAACCCGCAAGGCCGAGCCAUGUCCUUUGCGGCACCCCAACGCCCAUUCUCCCACGUCAUGAACUCCAACACAGGAUACACGCCAUCCAUCGCACCGUCUGAGCGGUCCAACAUUGGUCUCUCUGCCCGGUACCGCCCCGUAGCUAACAACUCGGAUGCCUUGUCCAGCGGCACAUCAAUGACACUCCAACCGCCCGGCAGCAGGACCAAGUCCCCCGGCCCAGUCAAGGGCAUCCUGAAGAAAUCCCCACAGACGACUGUCGACGAGGUAGACGAAGACUGGAGCAAGAUGGCAGCCAGGAAGAACAAGUUUGCUCGCAACGGCACCCAGAACGGAACCUCUUCUGGCCUUGAGGAUUUGACCCGCGGCCUCAAUAUUUAAUCGUAUUCCUGAAAGAGCUUUCAAAUCCUUUUUUUAAUUCCAUUCUUUGUGGGAGCGCGAGAAAAGGACACAUUUUUAUCAUGCAUGCGAGCGCGUGUGUAUGUGGGUCGAUGCAUCGUUUUCUGUUUGGAGAGCGAAAGG